CCCAGUUGUGUUCUUCGGAGCUCACAAAAAGGUUUUGUUGUCAACAAAAAGACUACUUCUCUGUUCGCGAUUGGAUUGUUGCUCAACCAACGAGCGCUAUUCGUUGCUGUCUUUGUACAUUUGUUCAUUUAUAAUUUGGAUACUUUGGGACCUUCCUUGUGCUUGUGUGUCUGACUUUACUAUCAGUUCCAAGCAACCGGUUGUCAAAGACCGAUUAAUAAAUGCUCUACUCCAUUUCGCUCUUUCCGUUGAUUGUGUUCUAAAGUGAGUGUUACGGCAACGGUCAGCAAUUCCGAUGGGUCGUGUAGCUGGUCGAGUACAACUUUUCUUUACGUAUGACAAAACAAAAGAUCAAUCAAAAUGCAACAUUUGUGGCAUAAAAUUAGCCGGUCACCAUUCAACAAAUUUGAAACGUCAUUUAAGCAAAAAACAUCAGGAAACAUAUGAGUCGUUAUCUGAGGAUAUCGGUGAGCCAAAAAAGGCCUGUAAAAGAAGAAAAAUUGUGAUCGAGACAACAGAAGAUGAAGUUAUAUCGGCAGUGGUAAAUAUUGCUUCCGAUGGCGGCAAUCCAUUGUCGCUCUUUGACAACGAAGGGUUUCGUAUGCUUUUUAACCCCAUAUUUGAUGCCCUGGAAAUGCCCCAAAUCACAUCUCAAAAUAUAAUGGAUCACGUUAGUGGAAAAGAGCUGGACAUAAAACAAGGCAUAAGGGCUUCUGUGGAACGUAAACUUGUAUCCCUUAAACUAGAUGUGGCCACCGGACUGGAAAGGUCUGUUCUGGUGAUUAAUUUACAAUUUAUUAGUUCGACCCUGACAGGGAAUGAUAUCGUCGUCAAAACGCUUGGGGUGAUCCAGUUAUCUGAGGAUCUUACUGAGCUAUGCUUAAAAAAUAAAAUAGUAGAGACAAUGGAGAGUUAUGGCAUCCAAAUGGAUCAGAUUUUUAGCAUAACGACAGAUAACGGAAAGAAUAUGGCAACGGCUAUUGAGCUCCUUAAUGAGAAUGCCGCAGCAGAAAGUGUAAACGAUGAGGACAACGGCGAGUAUUUUAUGGAAUUGCUUAACUCCAUGACCUUUCCCAACGUGCCGCUUCUGCGUUGUGCUGCUCAUACCCUGCACUUGUGUGUCCACGACGUAAAUAGACAAAGCGAGUUCUCACAAAAAUUCUCCUCUUGCCGCCAAAUGUGUAAAGUUUUGCGCAUCGGAAAAUAUAGACGCACCUUGAUGCAGGAGGACAAACCGAUACCAACUCUUGAUGUUCCUGGACGGUGGAACUCUUCGUACACGAUGCUUGUUCAAUUAUUUGAGCUCAAGGAGUUCAUUACUUCGCAGAUUGAAGUCGAUUUCAGCAUAGACUGGGCCUGGGUUGAGGUGUACAUUGAAGCCUUCAAAGAAACCCAUGAAGCCACUUUGCUGCUGGAAAAGGAGCAUUUUUCCUACAGUGACUUUUUUAUUUUGUGGAUGGAGCUAAAGCUGAAAGCUGAAAAAACCCAAAACUACCUAAUGAAGGAACUAUUGUGUCAACUUAAAGUUCGCGAAAAGCAGUUGUGGGAAAACAAAGCAUUUUUGGCAGCGAUAUAUAUGGACCCGAGGGUCAAUCUGAUUUUAACGGCGGAACAAAAGGCAACGGCAAAAAUACUUUUAAAGCAAAUAGCAUUUCGUAUUUUUAGUUCAAAUGGAACAAUAAAACCACCUGAAAUCAAAAUUGAAUCCACUGAGGCUGAUGUGAAGGAGAAAUCCUUAUUGGAGUCAUUUUUGGACGAUAUACAGACACUCCCACAGGCAGAAUUUGAAGCCGAUGUAUCGGAAAAGCUAGCAAAAAUCUACAUGGAAAUUGAAAAUUUUAGCACAGCUUAUGGUCGAUUACCUCUCAACAGUGAUAUAAAGAAGUUCUACCACGAUUUAAAAUUUAGGUCACCCCAAAUAGGUGCACUUGUGCAGGUGGUGUUGGCCGCACCGGCAUCUCAGGUGACAGUAGUUAGGUCGUUUUCAGCCCUUAAAGUUAUAAUUAAUUAUCCCAAGACAUUAACUCCAGAAAACAUGAAUUCUCUAUUAAUUGUAAGACUUAAUUCUUAAUUUAAGAUGCUAUAAAUAUUAAAGGAUAUAUGGAUAUGUGUAAGAAAAGUAUGUAUAUGGAAUAAAAUUCAUUAAGUUUGUAUAAAUUGA